GUUUGCAAUUUGCUAGACCGCGUAAUUUUUCAGAAUUUGAUAAUAUAAAUCUAGAUUCAGUCAAACCCAGCACUGAUGCAUAAUAAUAUUAAUUCUGUUGCACGAAGCACCCAGUACAGCAAAGUAUAUGCUGCUCAUGAGGUAAAUACAAAUACUGUAACGUAUAGGAAUAAUGGAAUGUAUCAUUAUGAGGGUGGUUGGCCAAAAGAUAUUAAUACGAAAGAGAUGGAACAAACUGUUAGAUAUAGACGGAAGAUAGAAAAGGAUGAGCUAUAUAUUCAUACUAUGCUGCAGUUAUUACCUGCAAUGGAACAUUGCAUUUUACAAAAUAAUGUAUGUGAUAUUUAUGAACAAUAUUUCAAUGAUAUAGAAGCAACAUCAUUGAUACAAAGAACAUUUUCCCGUACCGUGAAUGUAUACCGUGAUCCUUUAACAAUGAAACGUCAGAUAACACAUGUUUCAUGGUCACCUGAUCAAGGAACUCGUUUUGCAGCAAGUUAUUGUAAUACUGAUUUUAAAAAUAUAAUGAAUUUUAGUACUACAUCAUAUAUUUGGGAUAUAGAGAAUCCGGGUAGUCCAUUUAUGACUUUAAAGCCAUUUUGUCCGAUUUUAACUUUAGAAUAUAGUUCUAAAGAUAAUAAUGUCUUAGUUGGUGGUUUAAUGACUGGGCAAGUAGCAUUUUGGGAUAUAAGAAAAGGAUCUGAACCUAAUGAAGUUAGUUCAGUCAAUCAAAGUCAUAGAGAUCCAUGUGAUAAUGUUUUGUGGAUAAAUUCUAAAACUGGAACAGAAUUUUUUAGUUCUUCAAAGGAUGGACAGAUCAAAUGGUGGGAUACAAGAAAAAUGAAAGUACCUACUGAAACUUUGGUAGUAGAUUUAGAGAAAGUAGAAAAUCAAAAUGUUGAUCGGGCGACUGGCAUAUCCGCGUUACAAUUUGAACCUUCUAUGAGUUCACGAUUUAUGUGUGGUCUAGAAAAUGGUAUGGUAAUAUCUGCAAAUCGUAAAGGGAAAACACCGAGUGAAAAACUAGCAGUUAGAUUUAAAGUUCAAUAUGGUCCAGUAAUAGGCUUAGAGAGGAAUCCUACGUUCAUUAAAAAUUUUUUAACUAUUGGCGAUUGGACAGCUAGAAUAUGGUCUGAAGAUUGUAGAGAAUCUUGUAUUGCUUGGACUCCAGGUCAUCGACAAUUUUUAAUGGGUGGUUCAUGGAGUGCAACAAGAUAUUCUGUUUUCUUUUUGAUCAAAAUUGAUGGAACUUUGGAUGUAUGGGAUCUGCUUAUACAGCAAGAUUCUCCAGUUCUUAGUAUAAAGGUAUGCGACGAUGCUCUUACUUGUGUAAGACCUCAUGAACAAGGACAAUUAGUUGCUGUUGCUAGUAGAAAUGGUAUAAUAUAUUUACUUGAACUAUCAGAAGCAUUAAAGAUCAAUCAUAAAAAUGAUAAAUUAUUAUUAACAGCACUAUUGGAUAGAGAAACACGUAGGGAAAAAGUAAUCGAAGCAAAGAACAGGGAAAUAAGAUUAAAAAUGAAGUCUCUUCGCGUUAACGUUGAUUCAGAAAUUAUGAAUGAUCCUUCGAAAAGUAAUAAUCAUGAGGAUUUGAAACAAAAUGUUUUAAGUUCGAAAGAUACUUUGAUAGAACAAUGUGAACAAGAUUAUAUAAAUAUUAUAGAAGCAGAAAAAGCGAGGCGAUCCGCAGAAAAUGACGUUGAACUAAAUAACAAUAAUAUAAACGGUAAUACACAAACACCUGCCGUUUAUCGAUCUAUUCACGUUUCCGUGCGUAGUAUGGAUAAACACCCGUUGAUGCUUAUAAAUGUAUUUUAUUGUAAAAAAAUUCAAAUAAAAAAACAAAACAAAAAAAAAAAUAAUCAAAAAAGUUUUAUAAUGUCGGAAAAAGAUAAGACACGAUUAGUACGUAAUUCUGACUGGACGUCUGAUCAAAAUGCAAGUAAAUCAGAAAGUGAAGUGGAAGGCCAGUGGUCACUUGUUAAAAGAAAAAAAUCAGAGAAGAAAAGAACUAUACAAGCAUUCGAAACUAAUGAUCGUAAAAUGUUGCUCAAUUCGAAAGAAGAUGAUUUAAAUGAUUCUCUGACAAAUUCUAUGAGCAACGGAUCUGAUAUGAAAGAAAGAACAAACUCUUCUUCUUUUGUUGCUAAUAGAAAAAAAUUAACAAGAUCUAACAAUUUAAAAUCUGUCGAUGUCGUUGUGGACGUUCAUCAACGUUACGAAGAAACAAUACCGAUAAAAUCAUUAAAAAAUAAGAUUGAUAUUUUCGAAUCCAAAUCAAUCGAAGUAUCAGAAAUAGAAGAUUUGUCUUUAGGUAGUAAUUCUCAAAAGGAAUCAAAGAAAAAAAUAAAAGUUGCAACGAAGGAUAAUUUUGUAAUAGAUUCGAUUGAUGAAUUCGAGGACAACGAGGAAGAAAUAAUUUCAACGCCUAUUUUGUCAUCGAGAUCUUCGCAAAAUUUAUUCGAAGAUAAACCACGUCGUAGGAAACAAUGGGAGACAGUACGUCCUGUUAUGAACGAAGUUACAAAUUUAAAAAAGCCACCAAGGAAACGUUGGUCCAAAGAUACCAGCGUUAUUCGUUUACCAGAAACUUUGGAUUCUUCAUCGAUUAAUGAGAAAAUUUCAAAGACUAUAGAAAGCUCAAAGAUACCGGUACCAGCUCCAAGAUCAUUCUCGACGGACAAACAAAAUUCACGUUUUGCUUUUGAGAAUGAAGCAUUUGUAUCGGAGAACGAAGAAGUUUUAAGAAUUGAGAGAGAUUAUGUUAAAGAUAACACGAAAAUUGAGAUGAGAAGGAUGAGUGAUCGAAUGGAUACACCUUCCUCAUCUCGAGAUUCAAGAAAUAAUUUCUCUAAGAGAACUUCUCCGAGAAAACAGGAAACAACGUCGACUCUAGAAAAUACUGAAGAUUCCGAUGUUAAUGUUUCUUCGUCAUCGAUAAAAAAGACGUUACAUUUGUCUAGAAGACGAAGAAAAAAUUCUCUUCGCUCGAAUGUGUCAAAUAGUUUAGAAGAAAUAUCAAAUAAUCGAUAUACAGUAUCCGAGGAUGAAUUAAUUAAUGAUGAUCGUGAGGUAUUAAAAAGACAGAAAAAAAUUAUGGAAUACUCGAGUCGAGAAAAUUUUUCAACUAACGAAAAAGAAGGAGAAGGAGAAGAAGAAGAAGAAGAAGAAGAAGAAGAAUUGUCAUCAAGAAUGUCGACUGGUAGAACUUUAUCUGAAAAUAAAAAGAAAAAAGAUCGUAGAUCUAAAGAAGAAAUUCGUUAUUUAGCGAACGAGCUGGAUUCGAAGAGGAAGAAGAAAAAAAAGAAAAAAAGUGAACCGAUAAAAUACAUCCUAAUUACGAUUCACAAAGCUGACAUGCUUGAGACCGAUUAUGUGACUAAACAUCCUAUGGUUAAAGUACAUAUCGUUGAAGCAGAGACUGGUAAUUAUUUAAAAAAUAAAAAUGACAAUGGAAGUUCGUAUAUCCAGCCGAUGAUUACUGGAAAAUUUGAUUUCAAGGAGAACAGGUCGAUGAUACCUAUUUGGGAAGAAGAAAUUAUUUUUGAACACUGAUUUUUAAAACGAUCGUGAAGAUUGGAUGAACAAGUUAUCCUUUUUUUCGAAAUUGUUGAUCUUUUGAGCUUUGCCGAAGCUAGCUUCAACUACGAUAGGUUUGGUAACGAAGGUUGUUGGUAUAAAAUAGCUUGGGCAUUUUUAAAAACAGUUGGAACGAAUAACGUGAUGCACAUUGAUAAAAAGAUCAGAUUGCAAUUAUACAGACCUCAGAAGAGUACAAGGAACUUUGGUUCAAGAAAAUGUGAAGUUUACAAUUGGUGGAAAUCGAACAGAAGAGAAAAAUAUCCAAGUAGUCUUUACGUCACUGUUACAUCUAUAAAUCCACCAAAAUUAGAACCAGUACUUUAUCAGCAGCUCUCUUUUGACGAUAUUUUAGAUAUCGGAAACGAAUCACAUAAGUUAUCGGUACAAUCAUCAGAAAUUAAUUAAUUACCAAGAUGGACAAGAUUGGCUGCUCAAUCUUGUAUACCAAAUGAGAAAUACUUUGAAACUGAGAUUAGGAAAAUGGGGUGUUUCUUUCUUGCUUUCAAUAAUGAUGGCAAAUAUUUAGCUUGCGUUUUUUCUGAAGAAUAUGAUUAUCCUAUAAUAAUAUAUGAGAUCGAAUCUAAUAAAGUUCAUGUUCGAUUUUCUGGACACAAAACAUUCGUAUAUUCAUUAAACUGGUCGCCGGAUGAUCAUUAUCUACUUUCUGUUUCAUCGGAUCAAACUGCUCGUAUAUGGGACGUUCGUAAUAAAAUUGUACAACAUAUUCGAAUGUUACCUCAUCCUUCCUACGUUUACUGUGGUAAAUUCAAUCGUAGAAACGUGUCGAUAAUAGCUACAGGAUGUUACGAUCGUAUUGCAAGAAUAUGGACGAGAGAUUUAAAAUCAAAGAAUUACGAACUGAGCCAAGAAUUAGAGAUACACGAGGGAUUUGUUAAUUCUUUGUGCUUUCAAAAGAAUGGUAAUCUUCUUACAGCUGACAGCGUUGGUACAAUAAUACUAUGGUCAGUGAAAAAAAAUCGUAAGAUGUCUUCUAAAAAAGAAUGGUAUUUGUCGAAAAAGAUAAAUAUUCGCGAAAUAGAGAACAUCACGAUAAAUACGAUUAUUUUACAUCCGCUCGAAUCAAGAUUACUCGUUCAUUCGAGAGACAAUGGUCUGCGAAUGAUAGAUCUUGCUGCUGAUGUAGUAUUACAAAAGUACGAUGGUUUGAAAAACCAAAGAAUACAAUCUACAGCUUGUAUUUCGCCUUGCGGUGGUUUAAUAUUUUGUGGUGGAGAAGAUUCAACUUUGAACGUCUGGAAUUUAGAAACUGGUAGAUAUUUAGCAAGAUAUACGUCGAACGAACCCUUUAGAGCAAUAACUUGCGUUGAUUAUCAUCCAUACGAUCAUGUAUUAGCAUUCUCAAGUUUUGGUAGUCCUGCUCAAGUUAGAGUUUUAAAGUUCGAAAAGAAUUCGACAGGGAUGAAUAUAGGUUUGUCGAUGAUGACGGAAGCUGAGACAGGAAUUGGUGAUUAUAGAGUUGAUCUGAGUUUGAAUCUUCCAAAUGUUUCUAUUAAAGAAAGAUCAAGAUCAAUGUCGAGUGGUAGACGACAGGAAUUAUUAAAUGAAGGAGAAUUAAAUAGUUAUCGAACUCCUCUAAGUCGUAAUUCGACGAUUCUGAAUAUUUUUCAAAAUGAAAGGAAGUACGAGAGUGCGAAGUUAAAAUUGCGACGAUUGAAAGAAACCGAAGAACAAUUGAAAAGUCGUAGCACCAGUCGUUUGUAUAAUAUCAUCGAGAAGAUCGAUAGGAUACUUUCGAAUACGUCUAGAUCAUCGAAUGAUCUUGAAUCUGGUCAGAAUUUUCUUUUUAAUGAUCAGGACAGAGAUAGGAAUAAAUCCUCGACGAGUUUUAAUCAGGAUGAUAAGAAAAAAGAGAAAAUCAAAUCGAAAAAAUUAUCUACAUUAAAGAAUUCAAAUGCAGAUCGUUCCAGUUCGUACAUUGAAUCAAGUUCUAUGAGUUACGAUGGAAAAGAAACGAUCGAAUUGAAAACGUUUCACGUUUUGAAAGAAAAUGAUUCAGAUCUCAAUGGUAGGAGAACGAAGAGUGCAAAGGAUUCAAGAAGGAGUAAAAUUCUUCAAGAAAAUACACCGAAGACUUUUUCUGAUGGUGCAACGAAUUCUAGAAGAAAUCGAGUUUUUCGUAAAGAAAUGUCUGAUGAUCGUAUUGGUCCUUCGGAUUUUGCGAUUACGCAAGAAGUUCAGGAAUUAAAGAUUACUUCUUCUAGUUCACCAGAAAGUGCUGGUACUUACAUUGUAGAGAAAGCUGAGUUUGAACAAAAUAAAGAUUUGAAUUCUGUGAAAACUUCAGCUAAUGAAAGAUCUAUAAGUAAUAGCGAAAAGAAUUUUGUAAAAAUGUUAGAAAGUGAUAGUUCACUGCCCAGUAAUGCUACUUUCACUAUAGAGAACGAGAUUCCUAUUUCUAAACCAAGAAAAAAACAAAUUUUAUCUUAAAAAAAAAUUUUAGAAUAUAUA